GGCGAGCGCUGCGCUCCGGGCGCCGCAAUCCAGGGGACACGGCCUCGCAGACACCUUCCGCCCGCGGGAAUCGGCAGUAUCAGCGGCGCGUUCGGAUGCAGCUGCCUCAGCUGCUUUCUCGGGUCCUUCCCAUCCCUUCUCUGAGAGCCAGUCCCAGCAGAGGGGCCACCCCUCGCGUCCUGCUCUGAGGCUCCUGGGCCCGACGGACGGACUCAGCAGGCAAGGGCCCGACUGCGGGCAGCGGCAAGCAUAUUGUGAAUAGUACUCUUGAGCCCCUUCGAGUGAUUAUCACUUAGACUUUUCCUGGGACACUUCUUUGAAAGGACCAUCAUACAUCCAAUUUGCUCAGAUAAUCCAAGAUUAAUGGAAUUCUUGCAAAGUGAACUACACUUGUCUCACUAAGACUGAUUAUUUGAAUAAAACAUACCAAAAGUGACAUCAGAUUAAAAAAAAAUCCUGCACUUUGGAUCUUUUUCUGCUUUGGAAGCAAGAAAAAUGGAAAAUUAAUAAACAAAGGUUCCUUCCACUGUGGGAUCCGCUGAAUGUCACUAGAUCUGCCUGUCUGUUCCAGAGGAUUCCUGAUUGAAUGACAAAGACACUAAGAACAGUCUUUACCCAAGACGGGUCUGGGACUUGACGGGGUGCCCAUGACCCCGGCGGUUGCUUCCCGUCAGCAAUGAAAGGGUUAUCGGGCAGCCGCAGCCAUCACCACGGGAUCACCUGUGAUUCCACCUGUGACUCGCUGUCGCACCACUCGGACCGCAAGCCCUACCUGCUGAGCCCGGUGGAGCACCAUCCUGCCGACCACCCUUACUACACGCAGCGGAACUCGUUCCAGGCCGAGUGCGUGGGACCCUUCAGCGACCCGCUGGCCAGCAGCACCUUCCCGCGACGGCACUACACCUCGCAGCAGGAGCUCAAGGACGAGUGCGCCCUGGUGCCCCGCACGCUGGCCACCAAGGCGAACCGCAUCCCCGCCAACCUGCUGGACCAGUUUGAGAGGCAGCUGCCCCUCAACAGAGAUGGCUACCACACGCUGCAGUACAAGCGCACCGCCGUGGAGCACCGCAGCGACAGCCCGGGUCGCAUCCGGCACCUGGUCCACUCGGUCCAGAAGCUCUUCACCAAGUCGCACUCCCUGGAAGGGCCAUCCAAGGGCAGCGUCAACGGGGGCAAGGCCAGCCCUGAUGAGACGCAGACGGUGAGGUAUGGCAAGCGCAGCAAGAGCAAGGAGCGGCGCACGGAGCCCAAGGCCCGAUCCAACGCCUCUCCCACCUCCCCGGGCUGGUGGAGCUCCGACGACAACCUGGACGGUGACAUGUGCAUCUACCACGCGCCCUCGGGCGUGAUGACCAUGGGCAGGUGCCCGGAUCGCUCGGCCUCGCAGUACUUCAUGGAGGCCUACAACACCAUCAGCGAGCAGGCGGUGAAGGCCUCCCGGAGUAACAAUGACGUCAAGUGCUCCACCUGUGCCAACCUGCCCGUCAACCUGGACGCUCCGCUGCUAAAGAAGAGCGCUUGGUCCUCCACUCUCACCGUGAGCCGAGCCCGGGAGGUUUACCAGAAAGCCUCAGUGAACAUGGACCAGGCCAUGGUGAAGUCCGAGUCGUGUCAACAAGAACGCUCCUGCCAGUACCUACAGGUUCCUCAAGAUGAAUGGACGGGGUACACCCCUCGAGGCAGGGACGAUGAAAUUCCAUGCCGAAGAAUGCGAAGUGGCAGCUACAUCAAGGCCAUGGGGGAUGAAGACAGUGGGGACUCAGACACAAGUCCCAAGCCUUCUCCCAAAGUGGCUGCGCGAAGAGAAAGCUAUCUCAAGGCGACCCAGCCAUCCCUCACAGAACUCACCACCCUCAAGAUUUCCAAUGAACAUUCACCCAAACUCCAGAUCCGGAGUCACAGCUACCUGAGGGCAGUAAGUGAAGUGUCAAUCAACCGAAGCCUGGACAGCCUAGACCCUGCAGGCCUGCUCACAUCACCAAAGUUCCGCUCCCGGAAUGAGAGCUACAUGCGAGCUAUGAGCACCAUUAGCCAGGUGAGCGAAAUGGAGGUGAACGGGCAGUUCGAAUCCGUGUGCGAAUCCGUGUUCAGCGAGCUGGAGUCGCAGGCGGUGGAAGCGCUCGACCUGCCCAUGCCCGGCUGCUUCCGCAUGCGGAGCCACAGCUACGUGCGGGCCAUCGAGAAGGGCUGCUCCCAGGACGACGAGUGCGUGUCCCUGAGGUCGUCCUCCCCGCCACGCACCACCACCACGGUGAGGACCAUCCAAAGCAGCACGGGUGUCAUAAAACUGAGUUCUGCAGUUGAAGUGUCAUCUUGCAUUACAACAUAUAAGAAGACACCACCUCCAGUCCCACCCAGAACUACCACGAAACCUUUCAUUUCUAUCACAGCCCAGAGUAGCACAGAGUCUGCGCAGGAUGCCUACAUGGACGGACAGGGCCAGCGAGGGGACAUUAUCAGCCAGUCUGGACUCAGCAACUCCACAGAAAGCCUGGACAGUAUGAAGGCUCUGACAGCCGCCAUCGAGGCCGCCAACGCCCAGAUUCACGGCCCUGCGAGUCAGCACAUGGGCAAUAACACUGCCACGGUCACCACCACCACCACCAUAGCCACAGUCACCACAGAGGACAGGAAGAAGGACCUUAAGAAAAACCGAUGCCUGUCUAUCGGGAUACAGGUGGAUGAUGCUGAAGAACCUGACAAAGCAGCAGAGAAUAAAGCACCCAGCAAGUUCCAGUCCGUGGGCGUGCAAGUAGAAGAGGAGAAGUGUUUCCGCAGGUUCACUCGAUCCAACAGCGUGACAACGGCGGUGCAGGCGGACCUGGACUUCCAUGAUAAUCUGGAAAAUUCUAUGGAAUCUAUAGAGGACAAUUCGUGUCCCGGCCCCAUGGCUCGGCAGUUCUCCCGGGACGCCAGCACCUCCACCGUCAGCAUUCAGGGCUCAGGAAACCACUACCACGCCUGCGCAGCCGACGACGACUUUGACGCGGAUUUUGACCCCUCGAUUCUGCCUCCUCCGGACCCCUGGAUUGACUCCAUCACCGAAGACCCCCUGGAGGCCGUGCAAAGGUCAGUGUGCCACCGGGACGGCCACUGGUUUCUGAAGCUUCUCCAAGCAGAGCGGGACCGCAUGGAAGGGUGGUGCCAACAGAUGGAGAGAGAAGAGCGGGAAAACAACCUCCCGGAAGACAUUCUAGGGAAAAUCCGAACCGCAGUGGGCAGUGCCCAACUUCUCAUGGCCCAGAAAUUCUACCAGUUCAGAGAACUGUGUGAAGAAAACCUGAAUCCUAAUGCUCAUCCAAGGCCCACCUCCCAGGAUUUGGCGGGGUUUUGGGACAUGCUGCAGUUGUCCAUAGAAAAUAUUAGUAUGAAAUUUGAUGAACUUCAUCAGUUAAAGGCCAAUAAUUGGAAACAGAUGGAUCCUCUUGACAAGAAGGAGAGAAGGGCCCCUCCUCCAGUGCCAAAGAAGCCGGCGAAGGGCCCCGCGCCGCUGAUCCGGGAGCGCUCGCUGGAGAGCUCGCAGCGCCAGGAGGCCCGCAAGCGCCUGAUGGCCGCCAAGCGCGCCGCGUCCGUCCGCCAGAACUCGGCCACCGAGAGCGCCGAGAGCAUCGAGAUCUACAUCCCCGAGGCGCAGACCCGGCUCUGAGCGCCGCCCUCCCAGUCUCUGUGGCCCCUCCACCGCCCCAUCCCCGCAGCCGUCUCCCCCCACCCCUCCGAGCCCGUCUGUUUCUGAGCUCAGUGACUUCCACUGUCGUGGUGUAGUGGUCCACCUCGCAGGAGCCGUCCCCCCACCCCACCCCCGCGCCGUCCCGCUUCCCGAACCAAUUUGCCCAUCUUCACCGAGCUGCGCCCCCUUAAUUUCCCGAUGCCGGCCCCCUGCCUCAUACAGAGAUCCAACCCUUUAUUUUCUGGGCCAAGCCAAACCCACCUGUGUAGAAAAGACACCUUUAGGUCACCUGCCAUCCUCAGUUUUUCUCAAGCUAGUGUGUUCCUAGAGCUCAGCAAUAUAAAACCAUAGGGUAUUUCAGAAAUCCAGUAUCACAGGGUGAUCCUUUGGGACUUUCCGUCUUCCACAUGAAAGAAACGAGGGCUCCGAUUCCCUUUAUUUCCCCUAAAUGGUUAUUCUUUCUUUCUUUUUCUUUUUUUUUUUUUUUUAAAAAAAAGCAGAUGGAGCACUUUAUUUCCAACCUCAGAUUAUCACACCAUCUCACCGGAAUCGAUGAAUGACAAAAGAGAGAGGGGACCAAGCUGGCCUGGGGGUGGGGGUGGGGGAGACCUGGAUGUGUAGGAUUGAAGGGAGAAGCGAAAUCUGCAGGUGCUAGGGGCACCUGCACCUCUCACAGCUGCACAAACUGCCUCGCUGUUAACUUCAUCAAUCACAGCUUCAAAUGUUUCAAUCAGCAGAAGAUUGUAAAUUUGAUCUUUCAGGGAAAUUAAUCUAUUCUGAAAGGCAAUAAAAAUGAAGAAGGCAAGGCAAAGCGAAGGAAGCGCUGAUGGUUUGAGAUACUGCAUAAGGGAUUUUAUUUUUUUUUUCUCCUAUUUUUAAGAAAAAUUUAGGCCUGAAAUGUUUUCUCAACUUUUAUUGUACUAUGUAUAUUAUAUUGUCGUUGUGGCGGUGAUUUUUAAAGGGCAAAGUGUUGCUUCUGUUAAUUUAGCGUCCAUCCUGGUGGACCUGGUUAAUGACACACACAUAAGUAUACAUCUCCUUCUGAAGCACUGUAAACAGCAGCAAAGCUGUUUUCAGAGAAGGGUUUGGGUUUUCCUAUCAUCCCUUUGAAUGCUACACAUCCGUCUAGUUGAACCCACUCGUUCACAUUUCAGGUAUAUUUCCUUCUUUAGCCUCUUCUGCUUACUAUCCAGAGUUCGCUCACUCCCCACCAUAGGAUUUUGUCCUAUGUCAAAUGGAGAAACUAAGUUUAUUACCCCAAUAGACAUGCUGCCUCAUUCCAAAGAGCUUUCAUUGUCAUCUUGAGGUUCCAGGUAGGGAGAGAAGAAGUCUGACCUGCAGGGGUCAACAGCCAUGAGGAGGGGGAAAGGUUAUAUGAUUCAGUCACAGACAGAAGUCCAGGCACUGGGCAGAGUUUGUUGGUUUACAUUUUUAGUCAUGAUUGAUGGGCAGUAUGCAUUGGUGUCUAGCUGAAGAUGUCUUCAAAUGCCCUUACUCGUAGCAGUUUAAACAUUUAGAAUGUGGCGAUCUUAAAGUAUCACUGGCAUAUUAUGUCCAGUUCACACCUUAAAGCAUUAGAAAUUUGCCAUUGAACAAGAAAUGAAAGACUUUUUUAAAAAAUAAAAUAUGCUUGCACCAGAGAAGCUUUUAAAAAAAUAAUAAUAAUACACUCUCAUAGCCAGGUGCUAAUUUAAUUUUAUUUAAGAGAGGUGAUGGGUUCUGGCAACGAAUACUUUCACAGACAUAUUCUAAAACCACUAGAGAAUUCGCUACCUCUCAGAGCCAUUGAUGCUUUGAGCUAUCUUUAUCCACAGGGCACAAAUGUUUACUGCUGUGGUUUACAAGAAAAGGGCUACUAACUUAUUUAAAAAACAACCAACCAACCAACUUUUAACUAGGGUAAGCCAAGCACCUUUCUGAAAGUGCUUCGUAAAAUGGGGGGAAACAGAUUUUUGAGUUUCAAAGUGUUUGCUAGUUCAGAAGAACACACCUUUUCUUACCUUGUAGCAGCAAUGAAGUGUCACAUAAAGUUUGCCGCAAGGAAGGCCAACUGUCACCUUGGGUCACCUAUGGUCACAGUCACUACUGAGAAUGACUUGGAACUCAGCAGAGUGACAGGAAGGAAGCAGCAUCCAUUCCCUAACCCAUGUUCACACCCAUGGCGCUGUGCCCUGAGGCAGAGUUAAGAUCUGGAUUAAGAAAUCGAUUUCUAACAUGAUUAAGACCAUCCUACAAUAUUUUCUUUGGAAACUGAUUUAGCCCGGGAUAUUUCAAAGAGAGACAAGAUAAGGCCUAUUUAUCUUGUCUAAGCGAAUGGUAUUUGUAUAUUCAUAAGCUAUUUUUGGUAAGAAUUUUAAAUCUUUUAGCUGACUGCCUACAGGGCAUCAUGACCUUUGCCUUCCUUAAAAAACACAGUUUAAAUUGUACAAACACUUUAUAAAAAGCUAAUUAUUGAUGUUAGAACAUGACCCCCCACAAUGCUGUUUGCUAACCACUUGAACCCCGAAACUGACAUCCAUGAGCUUAACCUUUGUUACAUUGUUCUUUUUGAUGUAAUUUGUAGAAAUGUUUUUUAGUUCAUAAUGGAAAAUGUAUGUACCCUGAAAAAUUACUUAUUUUGUUUAAACUUUGGUACAAAGGUGUUGGGCAUUUUCUUGGGGCGGGGGGGAUUACAAAAGAAGUUUGUCUCCCACAUCAAAAAAUGUUCAAAGAAAUUAAGUAUUUAUUAUAUUUUUUGCAGAUGUUUCCAUACAAUUCACAUAACCUUUUUGUAAAGAGAGAUGAAGAAAUGGAUUAAAGAUUUUUAAUAUUUGAAAUGGUAAAUAGAACUAAUUUAUUUGUAAUAUAUUUCUGUUAUUUAUAGAUGUUUCCUUAAUGUUUUACUGUGCAUUACCACUUUAAUUUAAGCCUUAUCCUUGUGAAUUUACCAUUUCUUUUUUAAAACAUGUCUAGAUGCAUAUUUUAAAUAACUGGAAUGUAAAUCACUAGCAUAUCUGAAUUCCCAAAUGUAAUUUUUAAAAAUUAUUUUGGUUCGGAAAAAAAAAAAGAUUCAUUUGAAAGCCUUCAGAUGGAGGGGUGGGGAACAUUUUUAUGGCUUUCUGAAUUGGAAUUUCAUAGGCUUAUUUACCUAGAUUGUGUGUGGAUAAAAAAAAAAAUUGUAAAUAGAUGAACGUUUCCCAAAUGUAAAAAAGAAGAAAUUAAUAAAAUAAUUAAUGCACCUGC